ACCAGACCGCAGCCGUUGGGCAUGGAGCCCAAGGACUCAGCAGACCCGCUCCACAGGCCUGAGGGGGCCGGAGGGCAGAAUGUGACCACACAGAAAAUUGAAGGCUUAAUGGAAAUGGUGAAGAAGUUGAAGAAAGUGGGAAGUCUAGAGCCCCGGGUUGAAGUCCUGAUUAACCGCAUUAAUGAGGUUCAGCAAGCAAAAAAGAAAGCCAGUGAGGAGCUUGGAGAGGCCCAGACUGUCUGGGAUACCCUGCAGAAGGACCUGGACUCAUUACAUGAAGAGAAAGUACGUCUGAAGGAUAUCUUGAACAAAAAGCAAGAGGCUCUGAGGAUUAUCCGGCUACAGUGCCAGGAGAAGGAAUGCGAGGCACAAAGAAAGCACAGCAUGUUACAGGAGUGUAAAGAGAGAAUUUCUUUCCUGAACUCUCAGAUGGACAAGGAGAAGGAAAAACUAAGACAAAUGAGGUUGGAUUUUGAAGAACAGCUGGAGGGUUUGAUGAGCCAGCACAAGGACCUCUUGGAGUUUCAUAAGCCUGAACAUCUGGCAAAGGAGACGUGCGCUUUGGACAGCAGCAAGGAGCAGCUGCUCAAGGAAGAGAAACUGAUCGAGGUAAAGCUGGAGGAUGUGAAACAUCGGCUGUCUGCCCUGUGUGGGCCUGAGUCUUCCACUCUUAAUGAGAAGCUCUUCCUCCGAAGCCAUGAGGCAGCUGCAACAAUGCUGCUGUUCAAGGAAGAGAACAAGAAAGCUGAGGAGCUGUUAGAGGCUGCAGCUCAGCACCACCAUCAGCUGCAGCAGAGGUGCCAACAGCUACAGCAGAAACGGCAGAGGCUGAAAGAAGAACUGGAAAAGCAUGGGGUACAGAUCCUUGCUCAAAUUCAGAGCAUGCAAGAUGAAGCAGACAACCCAUGGAGGAUGGCUAGUCCCAAGCCCCUAGAAGUCCAUGAAGAGAAAGACCAAGAGCGUCCACCAAGCAGGAACUGA